AAAUUUUUGGAGUUUAUUAAAAUCUAAUGAACCAUCAUUAGAUCUUGUUCUCAAAAUUACAGUAUCACUUGACCUUGAUCCAUUAUUUCGUAUCUCUUCAUGCUUUCCUAAUGUUAAUGAAAUAAAAAACUUAAUUCUGAAAAAUAUCGCUUUGGUAAAGUUGGCAAAACCAAAAGAUAAAAAG